AUGGCGUCCGCGAGCGCCGCAGCGCAGCCAGACGUCGAGAAGAUGACGAGCGAGACCGAGGCGUACGAUGAGGGCGUCAAGCAGAUCAAGGCUGGCAACAUGGAGGCGGCCAUCACCGCGCUUUCGCGCGCCUUGGAGCUGUGCGUCGAGAAGUUCGGCGAAUCGGACCCGCGCUGCGCCCAGACCUACUUCAAGUACGGCUCCGCGCUCCUGUGGAAGUGCCAGGACGAGGCAGACGCGUUCGGGGGCACAAUGAUCAAAGAAGCAGUGCAGGCGAAAGCAGUGGCCGAGAUCCUCAAGCAGCAGGAGGAGGGCCUCGCGCAGGCGAAGGCCCAGGCAGCCGCGCCCGCGCCCGCCAAAUCCGACGACGGCGCCGGACCCUCCGAGCCUCCCGCUUCCGCGGCUGCUCGGGACGAAGCCGGCCCGUCGGAGCCCGUCGCGAAGGCCGGCGACGCCGGGGCCGCUGGCGGCGAGAACGAGGGCAGCCCGGACGAAGAGGGCUCGUCCUCUGACGACGACGACGACGACGACGGUGACGACGGUGAGGGCGAGAACGAGGGCAGCGGGGAGGGUUCUGCGCCGGACGACGACCUCACGCUGUCGUGGCAGAUGCUCGACAUGGCGCGCGCGAUCUGGGCGCGCGACGAGGCGGCGCACGCGGCGUCGCUGGUGGAGUGCCACAUGCUGCUGGGCGAGCAGGCCAUGGAGCGGGAGAGCUUCGGGGACGCGGCGGCGGAGUUCCGGUCGGCCCUGCGCGUCGCGGAGCGCCGCUUCCCCGGCAACAUGCGCAUGGCGUACUCGGCGCACUUCUUCGCGUGCUCGGCGCUGCAGUACGCCGAGGAGCUGGACGGGGCGCUGGAGCACGCGGCGGAGGCGCUCGCGGCGUGCGAGGCGCACCGCGACAUGCUGGCGCGCGGGGAGGUCCCCAAGGGCGACGAGGAGCGCUACGCCGUGGACGGCAAAAUGAAACAAGACCUCGAGGACCUGGCUGCGACGCUCGAGGACCUCCGCGAGAAGGUCCAGGACAUCAAGGACCACCGCGAGUCGCGCAAGGCGGCGCUGGAGGGCGACGCGGCGCCAGCGGGGGCCGGCGCGAGCCCGUUCGACAAGCCGACGCUGGGCGCGGGCGGCGCGUCCGGCGCGGGUCCGUCGGGCGUGCAGGACCUCGGCGUGAUCGGCAAGACGACUGUCGUGGGCGGGAAGAAGCGCAUCAACUUGGCGGCGCAGCAGGAGGCGGUGCCGCAGGCGGCGCUGCAGCAGGCGCUGGCGAACGUGACGGGCGCGUCGGCGGAGAAGGUGGACUUCUCGGCGGCGGGGAAGCGGGCGCUGGAGGUUGGGGGUGUGGCGGCGGGGGCGCCCGAGGCCAAGCGGGCGCGCGCGGAGGGCCCCGAGAACGAGCCUGCGGGCGAGAAGGAGAAGGAGAAGGCGCCUGCGGCGGUGCCGGCGUUUUUGCAGGCGUACCGCAAGUGA